AAUUCAAUCCCGCCUUCGCUGCCAUAACCUUAGGCGAAAAGGCGAAAGCCAAAUGCGCCGUCACGAAAAUGAUGUUUGUCGCGUAACUACUACGUACAUCAAUUGAGGAGCAACCACCGUUUUUGGACUGUGAAUCAAAAGUUUGUAGAGAGAGAGAAAGUGGUUGCUCCUGUGAAUGUGAUCAUGCUGAUUGCUCUUUUUUUUCUUCUUCAUUCGUACCCUCUUCCAGAGCCCUAAAGCUUUCCGAGUCAGCCUCCUGAUUUUCUCGCCGUCGAGAGCUGGCUCUAUGGCCGAUCUGGUAGACUCUUCUGGUUGAACUGUUUUGCGAUUUGUGGAGCACUUCAUCUCGGGUUGAUCGCGGUUACAAUGUGGUUCUUCCGGCGCUGAGGCCUUUGUCUCAGAAUGUCGACUUCGGUUGUGUCGUUCGACCGUCCGAGAUUUGAAGCUUCAAACGCGGUUUUCAAGAGUGGGCCACUUUUCAUAUCUUCAAAAGGGUUAGGAUGGAAGUCUUGGAAAAAGCGGUGGUUUAUAUUAACACGGACAUCAUUGGUUUUCUUCAAAAAUAAUCCUAGUGCACUUCCACAGAGAGAUGGUGAAGUAAAUCUUACUUUGGGAGGAAUUGACUUAAACAAUUCGGGAAGUGUUGUUGUUAGAGAAGAUAAAAAGCUUUUAACAGUAUUGUUUCCUGAGGGACGUGAUGGGCGGGCAUUUACACUCAAGGUGGAGACAUUAGAGGAAUUGUAUGAGUGGAAGAUGGCCCUAGAGCACGCUCUUGCAGAAGCGCCAAGUGCUGCCCUUGUGAUGGGACAUAAUGGGAUUUUUCGUGAUGAUGCUAAUGAUACAAUUGAUGGGUCUUCCCAUCAAUGGAGGGAUAAAGGUCCAGUUAGAUCUAUGGUUGUUGGACGGUCAAUGUUGCUAGCUCUGGAAGAUGUAGACGGAGGCCCAUCCUUCCUUGAAAAAGCUCUCCAAUUUCUUGAGAAUUAUGGAACUAAAGUAGAAGGAAUUUUGAGGCAGUCUGCAGAUGUUGAGGAGGUAGAUCGCAGAAUUCAAGAGUAUGAAAAAGGGAAGAACGAAUUUGCCCCUGAUGAGGAUGCUCAUGUGGUUGGUGACUGUGUUAAGCAUGUUCUUCGGGAGCUAGCCUCAUCUCCAGUUCCUGCAUUCUGCUGCACCGCUUUAUUGGAGGCAUAUAAAAUUGAUCCGAAGGAAGCUCGUGUGAAUGCCUUGCGAUCUGCUAUUCUGGAGACAUUUCCUGAACCAAACAAGCGUUUAUUACAGAGAAUCCUGAAGAUGAUGCGUACAAUAUCAUUGCAUGUAACUGAGAAUAGGAUGACCCCAUCUGCUGUUGCAGCCUGCAUGGCGCCAUUGCUCUUGCGCCCUCUUUUAGGUGGUGAAUGUGAGUUGGAGGAUGAUUAUGAUGUGACAGUUGGUAAACCAGUCCAGCUUUUUGCUGCUGCAAGUGCUGCUAAUGCUGCUCAAGCCAUAAUCACAAUACUCUUGGAGGAGUAUGAGAAUGUCUUCUGUGAUGAUAAUCUAUAUAGAUGCUGUAUUUCAGCUGAUUCUUGGAUUGAGAACAGUAGGAGUGAAGAUUCAACUAAUGAGGAAAAUCUGGAUGUAGUGGACCAUACCUACCAGAACACAGAAAAUCAAAUAGAUCUAGAUACUGGUGGUGAUCAUAACUGUGUUCUUAGUGGAAAAUUGCAUGACAGUAUCUAUUGUGCAGAUGACAAUCUUUAUAAGGCACUAGGAGAAUAUGAUGCUGAUGUUGGAUCACCCAAAAGUAAUCUCCCAUCGAAAGGAAUAUCAAAUUUGCCUGUAGAUUCUCAGUCACUUCGAGUCUCUAACAUCCAAUUAAAUGGAAAACAAGGCCACCAGAAAACAAGCAAAUUUGAAAUGGACAGUCCAACUAUUCUACCUCUUUGUAAGCCUCAUCUAUCAAUGGGGGAAACACCUUCAUCUAUGAAUCAGGGUCUACCUCUCUCUGUAGCUGGAGCGGAGUCAUGCAUUGAAAAAUCAAUUAACAAACCUGCAAAUUCCAUCUUCAACAUUAAGCAGUCAAAGUUUUGGGGUAGAGGCUCUGCCAGAAAGACACCGUCUAUGGAGUCAAUUGAUUCUUCAGUAGAGGAAGAGCUGGCUAUCCAAAGGCUUGAGAUUACGAAAAAUGAAUUGCAGCACAAGAUUGCAAAGGAGGCUAGAGAAAACACAAUUUUACAGGUCAGCAUGGAGAGAAGGAAGCAAGCUUUAAAUGAGCGUCGUUUGGCCCUUGAACAUGAUGUUGCGAGACUCCAAGAUGAGCUCCAAGCUGAGAGAGAUUUACAUGCUGCUUUGGAGGUUGGAUUGAACAUAUCUUUUGAACAGUUCCCAAGCUCUGUUGGUAUGGAUUCCAAGACAAGGGCUGAGCUUGAGGAAAUUGCUCUUGCUGAAGCAGAUGUUGCUAGGUUGAAGCAGAAAAUUGCAGUACUCCAUCAUCAACUGAAUCAGCAACGUCUGAGUCACUAUGGCUCCCUCCCUGAUGCAUAUGAUUUUUGUAAAGACAUCCAAAAUCAUAAUUCCCAACCUAAAUACUUUCUACAAGAUUUUGAUACAACUCUGGCUUUUGUUAAUGAUGAAAGGAAACAAGGAGCCGAGGAAGAUUUAUCAGGGGCAGCAAUGAGAAAUGCUACCGGACAAGUGCUAAUGUGUGGCAGUAUUAGGCAUCCUGCUCGAAUGCAAUUCAUGGACUCAGCAAGCAUUAGUGAUUUGAACGAUGCUGAGCCAUGCACAAGUACUUCUAUGGAUGGGCUUAAUGCCAUUGAUUUUGUUUCCUUGCCUUCCAGUUCAGUCACAGCAGAGGUGAUGAAUCACUCUAGGAGUCUUUCGGCUGCAUCUUCUGCUUUGGAAGAAUUGACAACACUUCUAGACCAUUUCAAGGAACGAAAAUCUCAGCUGAUGGAACAACUUCACAGCCUCAGCUUGAACUGUGGGCCGGAAUCUUCACAAGGUUUUGCUUAUAAAUCAUCUCCAGCAUGGAUUUGAUCAAAGAUACUGCUUCUCAAGGCAUUUGAGAGGUCAACUUCUUACCUCUUUUUUUUAUUUUUUAUUGUUUUUGCAUAAACCAUAUUAUACCAAAAAGGGUGCACAAAAUUGAACUACUAUUUAAAUUCACAAAAUGAAAUGUACUUGUUGGGAGGAUCCUGCUCUUACAAGUGGAAACAUAAAUAUGUAAAGUACGCAAGCGCUUGUAGCCACUGAAAACAACGCUUAUUUUUCUGUUUUCAGUGGAAGGACUAUCUGCUCAGCUACAAUUGAAUUUAUUAGAGUUGUCUCACUAA